AGUCGCUCUCUAGCGUUUUGUGGUCAGUGUGCGAAAAACACGUUAGGCGUUCUGGGAAAAGUACAGCUGUCAUAAGCGUGCAGUACACUUAACAAGCUAAUAGCUGCCUACGGAUCUCAUCUGUCAGCAUGGCUCGUGGACACCAGAAAAUUCAGUCUCAGCAGAAAAAUGCCAAGAAGCAGGCAGAGAUCAAGAAAUCCAAAGGCCAUGACCAGAAGACGGCGGCGAAAGCAGCAUUGGUGUUCACAUGUGCCGUCUGCAGGUCACAAAUGCCAGAUCCCAAAACCUUCAAGCAACACUUUGAGAGCAAGCACCCCAAGACCCCCCUUCCCCCAGAACUGGAGGGCGUGGAGGCAUGAGUUGACCAAGACCUGAUGUUCACUGUAUAAAACUUAAUCAUAAGAGUCCUGAUGUCAAAUUUUAUUCUCUGGGAUGUGGUCAGCAUUCUUACUUGAGUUUUAUGCAUACAACCUCACUGCAGACAUGAAUCCUGCGGUUCAAAGACUGAUGCUUACCUUUCAUGACACUGUUUCAGAGCACCUGCCCUUGCUAUGAUCAGAUCAGUGGUUUACCUCAACCUGCACUCACAUGCUUUUCUUGUUACCAUCUUACAGGUGUAAAUAAAUGGUUUGAGAUAAAUAGGAAGAUAAACUACCAGUGAUUUGGUCAGACUUGUCAUCUGAUCAUCUAUAACAUACAUUUGGUAGAUAAACUGAUAUAUUUGACAUGUUAGGCAAUACUGCUUUUGACAUGUUAGGUAAGAUUAAAUGAAUGCAAAUGGAAAAUUUUGGGGGACAAAUACUGAUACUUAGUAAGUCUGGGCAAAAAUAUUCAUUGUAAUGUUGUUUUAAUUUUCUCAUUUAAUACGUUUCAACGAGAAAUCUCUUUUAGUUCAAAACUUUCAAACUGGAAUAUUUUGUGUUUCUCUGAAAUCACUGGAUGUGCCCAAAGUGACUGUAUUAUUAAUUUAAUGUUGCAGCAGAAGUUCUUAUUUCUCUCUGGAAUUCCCUGACAAUAUCACCUCAAUGUUUAGUAUUUCUGCUCAAACCACCAAUGUAAUAUAUCUCUUUAAUAAAGUUUAACUUUGUUUAAAACUUGUGGGACC